GUGCAUAAAAUCAUCAUAAUGGUAGGCAUAUUGCAAGAGAUUCUUGAUAAAUUGAGCAUCAAGGCUAGCUACGUUUUAGGUAGACCGCAUUUCUUUCUCACGAUUUCUGAUCUCUCAUCAUACGUAACGUAGAAAGUAUUUCUGGGAUAUAACUUGCAUCAAUGAAACUCUAUUCCUUUUCUUUACGCUGUUUACAGCGUUGUUUUUCGACGGAAACCCAACAAGGCUUAAAUGCGAUCAGGCUGGAAUAUUUGAAACCAGAAGUUGUGCUUAGUGAGAAAAAUCGGAAAUCUUUUAUCGAGAAGUUCAAGGCCAGUAGAGUACCACAGGUAGAUGGUAAUGCGAUUCCGCAGGCCGCUGUUUUAGUGCCAUUAUGCAUGCACAAAGGAGAACUUGGUUUCUUGUAUACCUUAAGAUCAACCAAAUUAACUUCGAAUCGUGGACAAGUCUCAUUUCCCGGUGGAAUGCACGACAAAGAAGAUCGCAGCCUGGAAGAAACUGCACUACGUGAAACAUGGGAAGAACUUAAAAUUCCAAGGGAGAAAAUCGACGUUUGGGUCUCCGGUAACAUGAUUGAUAAAAAGAACGUCAUGGUGUUGCCAGUUUUCGGCUAUAUCGGUGAAAUUGAUCCAGAAAAGCUUCAAAUUAAUGUAAACGAAGUAGAAGAAGCUUUUUUUCUCAGCUUAAAAAAUCUCUGCGAUCUUUCAGUGUGUCGGUUUACUCAGUUCCGUGAAAACUACACUUUACCGGUUUAUUUAGGAGGGAAACACCGUGUUUGGGGUUUCACUGCAGCAAUAACACAUAUAGCCUUAAAUGCUCUCGUACCUGAUGCCUAUAAGCACAAACUUGUUUGUUCACGGUCAAUGUUACUAGAAAAAAAGAGAUAAAAAGAUUUGUUAAUCGCGAAAUUGUAUUGUAUAUAAUUUGUAUUUCAUUCCUGUUUUACAUGUAUAUAUACGUAUAUAUAUAUAUAUGUCAUAAUUGAUAUAACGAA